GCAAAAUGCCCAUGUGUGCGGAAAUAUACCCGAUUUUAGCAUGCACUGCAUAAUAGUGAAGUGAAGAAACUUGAGACAUCUUGAUCCUGGAAACUUUAGUCCAACGAUGAGCAACUGUUACAAGUUUGGUCAAUGCUCAAGGUGGUGCCUCGGCUUCGGAAGCCCAGUUCUUGCCAUUGUGCUGUUGGUUCUGGCUUCCCGGGCCUGCAAGGUACAUGGACUUACGUCACCGGUACCCGAACCGACUGGGGAACCAGAGCCCAGCGGCGAACCAGAGGGGGAACCGACUGGAGAACCAGAACCUAGCGGCGAACCGGAGGGGGGACCGACUGGAGAACCGGAACCCAGCGGCGAACCGGAGGGGGAACCGACUGGAGAACCGGAACCCAGCGGUGAACCAGAGGGGGAACCGACUGGAGAAGCGGAACCUAGCGGCGAACCAGAGGGGGAACCGACUGGAGAACCCGAACCAGAGGAGGAACCAGAACCAUCAGAUGAACCUAUCUCUGUAUCGGAAGCAGAUGGUUUCAGACCAUCGGCCAUGGAAGUCAUUCUUCCACCUUUUGGACUCAUCUGUGUUAUUGUGUUUGGUCUGUCCUACCUGGCACUAAGGACUGAACUUAGACGGCGCGCAAACCACGAUCGACGGGUCCGAGACUUGUACUUGUCGCAGUCAAGCAUGAAGAUUCUGAAGUCAUUCCCAAAAGAAAGUCGAGCAUUUCUUGAAAAGGAAGAUAUCGACAUUCUGGACAGCAUGCAGACUUUUUUCAACCGUCCCCUCGGUCUCUGCCGUAUCGCUAUGCCGGGCCUGUUGUCGCUAGCUUUCUGCCCCUUGGUGCUCUUUAUCUACACGCCGGUGACACAGUUCUUCUGGCCAGCCGAUCGUUUCCCGCGUGGUCAGCCGAAUAUAAACGAAGUCAUCGCGUGUUUCCUGGCACCGGCAGGACUUGUUUACGCAACAUCGUUCGGUUUCUCCUACCAGUCUGCAAUGAGCAAGCAGAGGUCGCUGAUCAGUAUUAUCUCACACGAGAUUGGUCUACUAGAUCAGAUCAUCAUUCUGACGUCACACAUGGUUACAACUACCUACCGGCAAAAGGCAGCGAUGUAUCGUUGCGUCAAGGAGGAAGUGAUGUCCAUCAUAUUGCAGAUACAGGGACAGCGAGGCGAGAGCACGGCAGACUACCAACAGAAUCUAUCAAGCGGACAGCUAUGGAAGAUAAUCGGCACACUACGAUCAGCCACUCAAGAGCAGGAGAGAUGGCACUUGGAUAAAGAGAUGGUGACGAAGAUCAUAGACCGUAUCCUGAUGGUCAACUCGGCCUCUUCGGAGCGAUACGAAAUCAUGACAGCCACUAUCCACCCUCUCAAGUGGAUGUUCCUGGAGACGCUAGGUUUCUUCGCAUUCUUCGGUGUUCUGUUACUCAAGGCGGAAUCUUACAGAAUGGAACUGUGUAUGUGUAUCAUGACCGUCUUCUCUAUCAGCAUUCUUUGUUACGUGGUAGCCGACCUCGACUCGCCAUUUAAUGGUUUCUUCCGGGUGAGCACCACUGGGCUGACUGAUCUGACAAAAAAGACAGAAGAGAUGUACGUGCUAGCCAUGCAGGGUAAAGAUCUGUACAACUGUCCAGAUGAGGGCGAAGAUGUGGGCGGGGAAGAUGAACAGAGUAGGCGGAGCAGUGAGGCAGAGAUAGAGAUUGAAAACGUUCACGUGGAGUCCAAGUUUGACAUGAAAGUAUAGAGCAUGGAAUGGGGGUACCUCUGUGAAAUGAUAACGGAUCAUAAUUAGCUUUGAUAGCAAUAGGUGUGGUCCUCCAGCAGGCAGGAACACAACUCCUGAUCAAUCAAUAUGGGCGUUUCACAAUAGUGCGCCUCCAAGAGUUUGCAACACAUUGGCCAAUCACAAUGCCCAAAA